AUGCCGUCCCAGCACAUCCAGAGAGUUCCUUCCCGAGCCCCGUGUGACAACUUCAUAAACGCCUUGAAGAAAGGCGGCUGCGUUAUUGUUCAGGAUUUCACAACCCUGGAGGCCCUAGAGCAGGCACAACAAGAGCCCGACCCAUGGUUAUCCGAGAAGAACAAGGCGAGCGACAUCGGUGCUCUGAAGGGAGGAACGAGAACCUGCACCCGCCUACUCGGACGCAGUCAGACCGUUCGCGAGAAAUUCUUCUCCGAUCCUCUUUACCAGGACAUGGCCGAGGAGUUCCUCGCUAUCGAAACAACAAACUGGUAUAACGACGAACCCCACCCGCCCUCUCCUUUCUAUCUCAAUCACAAUGGAUAUUCGGCCCGCGCCAAAGCUCAGAAACUCCACCGGGACGACAAGAACAUCAUGCUCGAGACAUGCUGCUCGGUCUUUUUGUGCCAGGCUGCGACACGACGCGGGCGAUCGGCGCCACGCGUGUCGUUCCGGGGAGCCAUCUCUGGGGCGACGAGAAGCCUGACUUUGGUCCGAAUCUCGAUAAGGGAGUCGUUGGCGCGGAGCUGA